AUGACUCAUACAGCAGCAAAUUCGAAAUUAUCAUUUCCACCGAUCAUUGUUAAAUUUAAUAGUGAACAACAAUCUUCAAUCAAAGAAAUCACGGAUGAUCUUAUAUUAACGUGGAAAAAUCAACAUGGAAUUGAUUUAGCAUUAACAGCACGUUUCGGUCAUAUGCACUCUGUUCUCAUCCUUGCCUAUGACUCA